AUGCUCUGCGCAAUUUCGGGAGAAGCACCGCAAGUGCCCGUCGUCUCGCCCAAGAGCGGCAGCGUCUUUGAGAAGCGACUGAUCGAAGCCUACAUCGCGGAGAAUGGAAAGGACCCCGUGAAUGGAGAAGAGCUCUCCACAGACGACCUCAUUGAUGUCAAAUCCCAGCGCGUCGUCCGCCCCAGACCUCCCACCCUCACAUCCAUUCCUUCGUUGCUCAGUGUUUUCCAAGAAGAAUGGGAUGCCCUGGCUCUCGAGACCUACACAUUGCGACAGACCUUGGCGCAGACCCGCCAGGAAUUGAGCUCCGCGCUCUACCAGCACGAUGCCGCCGUUCGCGUGAUUGCUCGUUUGACAAAGGAGAGAGACGAGGCCCGUGAUGCCCUAUCCAAGGUCACCGUCGGUGCCAGGAGUGCUGCUGCCUCCGGUGGUGAAGCUAUGCAGGUUGAUUCGACCGGUCUGCCCGAGGCCGUUCUGGCACGUGUUGAGAGCACACAGGCAUCGCUGUCUAAGACACGUCGUAAGCGCCCGGUUCCGGAAGGCUGGGCUACGGGUGAUGCCAUCUCCACAUUCAAGCCUACGGAGAGCUCCAACCCUCUUUACCCCGGCAGCAAGGCAUUCGCCGUCAACUCGUCGGGAGAGCUGGCACUCAUCGGCGGUGCGGACGGUGCCGUUGGCAUCUAUUCCAUUCCCCAGAAGCAGGUUGUUCAGAAUCUGCAGGCAAACGGACCAGUUACCGAUGCCGCUUGGGCAGGCGAGAAGGCUAUUGUGGCAUCGUCUACGGGCUCCGUGAAGGUCUUCGAGCACGGCAACGAGGUCGCCAACUUCAACUCCCAUGCUGGAGCCGCAACGGCGCUUGCCGUGCAUGCUACCGGUGACAUUGUUGCCUCGGUUGGCGCUGAUAAGAGCUAUGUUCUGUAUGACCUUACGACGAACUCGGUAAUCACUCAGAUUUUCAGUGACGCAUCUCUUCUCUCGGUCAAGAUUCACCCUGAUGGUCAUUUGGUUGCUGCUGGUGGCGUGGACGGGCAAAUCAAGAUCUUCGAUAUUAAGACUGGCGCGUCCGCUGCCACAUUCACCAUGUCUGGGCCUGUGAAGUCUCUUUUCUUCUCCGAGAACGGUGUUUUCCUGGCCGCGGUUACCGAGAACUCGACCACUGUGUCCAUUUGGGAUCUCCGUAGCGCACAGGAGAGCAAGGUUCUGGAGACGGGCAGUCAGGUUGACUCGAUUAACUGGGAUUACACUGGACAGUUCCUUCUGACCGCAGGACCUAGUGGCUUGACCGUGCAUCAAUACACCAAGGCAUCCAAGUCGUGGUCCGAGCCCUUGCGGAGUGCGGUGCCCGCGGUUGCGGCGGCUUGGGGCUCUGCCGCCCAGGCUAUCGUGGCGUUGAAUAGCGAGGGAGGCGUGACGGAGCUGACGGCACAGUAA